AUGAAAAUGGAGAGAGCUCUCAUUCUAAAUGGCAAACCAUUGAUUCCUCCUCCAUUGACAAUUGAAGAACAAUUAAAUGAAAGACUUGAUAGAACAGGAUAUAAGAUUGAUGAUUUAAAUAGAUUGAAUGAAAAGCCAGUUUUACAAAUAGUACAUAUUUAAUAUAUAGAUUAGAUAGAUCUUGAUGGUCUUACUUCAGGUUACUUAAAUAAAAAUCCCUUAUUUUAGAUGAUGAAACAGGAAAUUAUGAAUUGGAAUGAAAAAAUAACACUUUAUAGAGCUGAACAAAUCAAAUUAUAAGAUCCAUUAGUUUCUGAUAAUCUUUAUAGAUAACUAAAAAAUUCACUAUUAGAAGUGGUUAGUACAAGGAACAAAAUAUAACAAUAAGAUUUUCUAAAUAAAGUAUCUAAUUGGUUCUUUUCCUAAUUGCCAAAAUCUUAAACUGCUUCAUUGAAAUAAUCUCUACUUGAGAAAAAGGACUCUGUAAUUAAUUUAUUAAUAUUUAAGACUCUUCACUUUAUUCCUAAUACAUAUAAUGAAAAUAAGUAUGCAUCUGGAAUUGAAGACUAUGCUCUUAAAUUUCGAUCGGUCCAUCCUGAAUUUGAUCCUCCUGAAGAUAGAGUUAAAACCUAUUAAAGAAAAAACCUUUUAUCAGAUACUAGUACUCGUCCUGGUACUACUCCAGGAGUGUUAGGAAUUUCACAAUUUACUAGACCUUAAACUUCUCAAACUACCUAUAAAAUGAUUGAUUAAGUUGAAAAACUCUAAAGACCUAAAACUAAUUAAUAAUAUACAAUUCCUAAAUAAUAAUAAUCUUGGAUGUAUGAUCCUAAUUUUCCAGUACUCUAAACUAAUGAUGAUUAAUAAUAAAAAUCAACCAGAAGAUAAAUUCAAAGGGAAGAAUCUCCUUUAAAAGCUGAUAAACCAACUGAUAGAGAUAAAUUAGAGUAAAUUGAAGGUAUUGAAUAAGAACAAGAAGAGGAUGAAGAUUAAUCUCCAGAUAAAUUAGAAGAAUCAAACAAAAAUUUAGCAUCUUAAUAAGAAAUAGCACCAAUAAAAAAGAUAAAAAAAAAAGGAAGAUCUGAUAAAUAUAUUAGUAUUGCUCCUACAAAUAAAACUUAUAAGACAGAUAUCGAAACAUAAAAUGCCUAUUAAAUUGGAUAAAAGGAUAGAUUAGGAGAAUUUUAAGGAACAUUUCAUAAUUAUGAUCCUACUCAAAUUGAAGAUAAAAUGGUAGCUGCUAGAUUAAAUUAAUAUUAUACUGAAUAAAGAGUUAAAGAAGUAAAAGAAUAAAGAGAAGAUAUAGAAAUGGUUUAAUCAAUGAAAGAUUGGGCAUCUAAUAAAAGUAGAAUUGAUGAAAUGGUACUUCAAUCUGAAUAUGUAUAUUUAAAUUAUNUAGAUCUUGAUGGUCUUACUUCAGGUUACUUAAAUAAAAAUCCCUUAUUUUAGAUGAUGAAACAGGAAAUUAUGAAUUGGAAUGAAAAAAUAACACUUUAUAGAGCUGAACAAAUCAAAUUAUAAGAUCCAUUAGUUUCUGAUAAUCUUUAUAGAUAACUAAAAAAUUCACUAUUAGAAGUGGUUAGUACAAGGAACAAAAUAUAACAAUAAGAUUUUCUAAAUAAAGUAUCUAAUUGGUUCUUUUCCUAAUUGCCAAAAUCUUAAACUGCUUCAUUGAAAUAAUCUCUACUUGAGAAAAAGGACUCUGUAAUUAAUUUAUUAAUAUUUAAGACUCUUCACUUUAUUCCUAAUACAUAUAAUGAAAAUAAGUAUGCAUCUGGAAUUGAAGACUAUGCUCUUAAAUUUCGAUCGGUCCAUCCUGAAUUUGAUCCUCCUGAAGAUAGAGUUAAAACCUAUUAAAGAAAAAACCUUUUAUCAGAUACUAGUACUCGUCCUGGUACUACUCCAGGAGUGUUAGGAAUUUCACAAUUUACUAGACCUUAAACUUCUCAAACUACCUAUAAAAUGAUUGAUUAAGUUGAAAAACUCUAAAGACCUAAAACUAAUUAAUAAUAUACAAUUCCUAAAUAAUAAUAAUCUUGGAUGUAUGAUCCUAAUUUUCCAGUACUCUAAACUAAUGAUGAUUAAUAAUAAAAAUCAACCAGAAGAUAAAUUCAAAGGGAAGAAUCUCCUUUAAAAGCUGAUAAACCAACUGAUAGAGAUAAAUUAGAGUAAAUUGAAGGUAUUGAAUAAGAACAAGAAGAGGAUGAAGAUUAAUCUCCAGAUAAAUUAGAAGAAUCAAACAAAAAUUUAGCAUCUUAAUAAGAAAUAGCACCAAUAAAAAAGAUAAAAAAAAAAGGAAGAUCUGAUAAAUAUAUUAGUAUUGCUCCUACAAAUAAAACUUAUAAGACAGAUAUCGAAACAUAAAAUGCCUAUUAAAUUGGAUAAAAGGAUAGAUUAGGAGAAUUUUAAGGAACAUUUCAUAAUUAUGAUCCUACUCAAAUUGAAGAUAAAAUGGUAGCUGCUAGAUUAAAUUAAUAUUAUACUGAAUAAAGAGUUAAAGAAGUAAAAGAAUAAAGAGAAGAUAUAGAAAUGGUUUAAUCAAUGAAAGAUUGGGCAUCUAAUAAAAGUAGAAUUGAUGAAAUGGUACUUCAAUCUGAAUAUGUAUAUUUAAAUUAUAAUCUUUAUUAGUUAACAGCCAUGGGUUCACAAUAUUCUAAUGUUGGAAUCAAAAUUUCGGAUUUAUAUGAAUCUAAAAAAAUGGAUUUGGCUGAAGAAAAAGCAUAUUCUAAUUAUCUUAAAAGAUCCUCUUUACCAAAAGCAAGAAUGGUAUAGAGUGCAGUACCUAUGGCUAAGAUAGUUUAAAACACUGUCAUACCUUCUUAAGUUGAGGAAGAGGCAGAAGAUUUUUAAAGCAAAUAAGCUGAUCUUGAAAAAUAAAUUAAUUCAUAAAGACUUUAAUUGUUAAAAAUGUCUAGAGGAGCUUGUUUACCAGGUGGUCUUAUAAACAAUCCUAAUCAAGAAACUAUUUAAAGUAAUAGGAUUAUGUCUUCUAGUUGUUUUAAGAGUACAUAACCUAAGAGAUAAUUUAGUUCGAUUUUAAAAACACAUAGUAUUAAAUAAGAAUUAGACUCUUAAGUAAUAAUAAUUCUAUUCAAUUAUUUAGAUUGGAGAGAUUAAACAAUUAAAAAAUAGAUUAGCAUCUGCUAAUAAAUUUGUUCCUAUUAAUAUUCUUUAAAAAUCUAUAUUGAUACCUUAAGGACAUGCUAAUCCUUAUAAAGUGCCUCUACCUAAGCCAGGAAUUCUCUUAGCAAACCUUCCAGUUGAUUCAAAAUAAAACAAAAGUAAAAAAAAGAAAAUAUAAAAAUGA